UCGGCUUAUCGGAGCGCUCUACUGCGUUACCAUGGAGACAAGGAUGAGGUUUCCAUAGCAACUAAAAGGCAGCAGCGCGCUCUGUCUCCACCUGCUGGAAGCUACUGAGAUGACGCAGAUUUUAUAUUACACACCUGGGGCCCCCAAUGCUGUGUGAGUGGCCCCUGAUAUGUAACAGUCAGGAUGGAGAAGAGGUUCCAUGUGAAGAUCUGGUGCCUGAUCCUCGCUCUCUGGACGCCACAUAGCUGUGCUAGUUGCAGCACUUAUAGAGGCUUUGUGGCAGAUGUCCUGAACAAGAAAUUACUCCAUCUCUCUGGAUUCCCUUGGCUGGUGUCAAUUCAGGACCUCAGUGGAUGCCAUCUGGAGGUGGGAACAAUCAUCAGUGAGUUUUGGAUAGUGGCGGCUCCGUCUGGCCUGAAGAUGAGCUAUAGAAAAGCUCUUGUUGGUGUGGUGGGAAUCACAGAACUAGAAUCCAAGGAGCUGGAGGGGAGACCUCACUACCCCAUCCGCAAGGUGAUUGUGCACCAGAAUUAUGAUGAGAUCCUGCUCGGCCAUGAUCUGAUGUUACUGAUGACUGAGGGGAAGAUUAUAUUUGGCCGGAACGUACAGCCUGUGUGUUUUCCCAGCACGGAUCCGGAUAACUCUGCAUUAACCAACUGCCAGGUGUCUGGCUGGAGAGGAGCCGCAGGAAUUUCCAGUUCAGGGGCCUGGCACAGACUGUCCGUGGACAACGUGGACCCGUGUCCCUUGAAAAAGACGCUAGGAACUGAAUGCUGCAGUCACCAUGCUCAAGACAGUGAUGCUAUGGUUACAGAAGGGGACCCUGUGUCGUGUCGGGUAGUAGGCAGUAAUCGAUGGGUGCUGGCUGGAAUCCUGACCCGUGGCGGGCUGAAGUCAUAUGGCCCAUUCCUCUACACCCGCACCUCCUAUUUCAGCGACUGGGUUUCAGCUUGUACGAAGGAGGAGGGUGAACCUUUCACUGCUAUGGUCACUAUAAAUACGGUGGUACGUCCUGGCCCCCAUCUAGCACAGAUGCGAUCCGCAGCAAGUGGUGAAACGCCAGACCGCACAAAAGAAAAAGAAACCCUGUAUUAUGACUAUUACAAUGGAAAUGAGCCCGUGAAUUCCCACGGACACCAACCACAUCCGAGAGUCCCACUGAUGCUGUGUAUUGUUCUGCUAGCAACUUAUAUAAAGAUUAAUGUGCUGUGAGUCCGUCUGCUAAAUGCCGAACGUCCAUCGCAUG